AUGGCCGCAACAUCGAAGGCCAGUGGUGGCGAAUCGGGCGGCGGCGAACCGUCGAAGGGCGCCAUCGGAACGCCGGAUGGUGGUAAGGGUGAUGAUGCUGGAGCACCAUCGCCACCAAUCCCUACGGGUUCAUCAUCAUCAUCAUCAUCAUCAUCUACGCUUCUUUUUGGACGCUAUCGGCAAGAGCAGGCUAGAAACGGUGCCGCCUUUCCCCCCGGUUCAGCAAGGCCGGCUGCUGCAGCGGCUACCAAAAGUAACACCAACAGCAACACGCAACCCUCGGCAACGAAGGGGUGGCCUGGCAAACGCGCCCAGCCUGAAGGAAAGGACAACACGUCCGUUCCGGAUCGUUCAACGAAUGGCAUUCGCUCGGGAGAUGGAAUAAAACCAGCAGCAGCAACAACAUCAACAACAACUAGUGCCUCAACCAGAGAGCAGCAACAGUCCCGUUCUUCUGCUCCUACAUCGUCGUCCUCCUCCUCUUCCGCGUCCGCAUCGUCGAAAAGUGCGCGCGGGAGUUGA